AUGCCGAGCCCCCGGAGAAGCGCCGAGGGCCGGGCGCUGGGCGCCCCCACGACCAGCAACAGCAGCCCAGGCAGUCCGGCGCACUGCGGCGGCGGCGGCGGCAGGUUCGAGUUCCAGUCGCUGCUCAGCAGCCGCGGCGCACCGAGCGCAGACCCCACUUGCGCGCGAUUCCGCGCGUCGGAGAGCCCGGUGCACCGCCGCGGCUCCUUCCCGAUGGCCGGGCCGGGCCCCGCGCCGGCGCCCCCGGGCCCGCUGCCUGAGGAGGCCCGCAUGGACUUGAACCCAUCCUUCCUGGGCAUCGCCCUGCGUUCUCUGCUCGCCGUCGACCUGUGGCUGUCCAAGCAGCUGGGCGUGUGUGCCAGGGAGCACUCGGCCUGGGGCAGCGUGCGGCCUCUGAUGAAGCUGCUGGAGAUCUCGGGCCAUGGCAUUCCCUGGUUGCUGGGCACCCUCUACUGCCUGUACCGGAGCGAUAGCUGGGCCGGCCGCGAGGUCCUCAUGAACCUGCUCUUUGCCCUGCUGCUGGACCUGCUGCUGGUGGCCCUCAUCAAAGGGCUGGUCCGUAGGCGCCGCCCAGCUCACAACCAGAUGGACAUGUUUGUCACCCUGUCUGUGGACAAGUACUCCUUCCCCUCGGGCCACGCCACGAGGGCCGCCCUAGUAUUGCGCUUCAUCCUGAACCACCUGGUGCUGGCCAUCCCACUCCGAGUACUGGCGGUCCUUUGGGCCUUCAUCUUGGGCCUCUCCAGGGUGAUGCUAGGGCGGCACAAUGUCACCGAUGUGGCUUUUGGCUUUCUCCUGGGCUACCUGCAGUAUAGCAUCGUGGACUAUUGCUGGCUCUCACCCCACAAUGUUCCGGUCCUUUUUGUAAUAUGGACUCAACAGUGA